AAAUAAUGAUCUGGCGCUGAUUCAACACGUUUCACAAGUAUGCUCAACAACAGUCGCUGCUUGACUGCCGACAAUGGCUGAUAAUGUGAAAAAACCAAAAGCAAGACGAAAAUUACCAAGAGUCGAGCGCAAGGACUUCAGCAACACGCACAAGUUGGUCAAACGGCCGCCUGCGAAACUCGAGAAAGCCGAGAACGUGAUUUACGUGACAGCAUUCACCAAUAUAAAAGCAUUUGAGGAGCGUUGUUCCAAACUCAUCUACGAGGGCGUCAACGAGAUCACCAUCUAUGCCCUAGGGGCGACGAUCAAGAAGGCAAUCCUGUUGGCCUUGCAAGUUGCUGCCAAGCAUCUUGUCUUUCAAAUCUCUGCUAAUACUUUCACUACUGAUAUCAUAGAUGAUCUGGAGCCGGCAACAGAUGAAUUAGAUUAUGCGAUCCAAAUCCGCGCGAAUUCAGCGCUUCGCAUCGUGUUGACACGCGGCAUGUAAAGAUGUUCUUCACCAUCGAGGAGAUCGUCAAGUGGCUGGGCCUGACCGUCUUCGAAAUAUGGACGAAUCUGAUUGCCCUGCUGCUGUUCACCGUGACAUUCGUGUGCAAGUACAACCCGGACAACUACAGCAA